GCCCUUCCUUCCUUCCUGCUCCUCUCCCGGACCAUGGAGCUUCCGAGGCACGUUGGAGUCUUCAGGAUCCUGACGGACACAGAUUGGACUGAACCAUGGAUCCUAGGCCUUGUAUUUUUCCACAUAGCUUACAUCUUCCUCACUUACCUGUCAUUCCAGCACUAUCGCCUGCAAAUAGGGCACUUCCUUUCGAUCAUGACCCUGGUAUUCUGUGCAGAAUAUAUCAAUGAAAUUGCGGCUACAAAUUGGAGAUUGUUCUCUAAGCACCAGUACUUUGAUUCAAGAGGAAUGUUCAUUUCCAUAGUGUUCUCAGCACCGUUGCUGCUGAAUGCUAUCGUUAUUGUGAUUGGUUGGGUUUAUAAAACAGUGAAUGUAAUGGCAGAACUGAAGACGGCGCAGCAAAAAAGGAAAGCAAGAAGAGAAAAUAAGAAAAGUCAAUAAAUAAUGGUUUCUGCUGUAAAAGUAUGUAGGAGGUGUCAUGCCUUCUUUCUUAACAAUGUGAUGCUGAAAGAUUU